CUUUACCCAUCGUUUGAUUUAACAUUUAGUAUUCUUUUUUCCUUCUUUUUUUAUUGUUAUUUUUAUUUUUUUAAAUAAUCAACCUUAACUUUGUAAAUGUUUCAAUACCAUCCCCAAUGUCCAAAUUCGGCCUCCAUUGAUUGCCAGUACUAAAAUAUUCCACCUACUCCAUAUCAAAUAUCGUCCACUAGUCUCCUCUGUCAGUAUCACAUACCCUAGCAGUCUUUCUUGAUUUCUUUCAGUUCUAGGAGUCUCCAAGAAACAUGGGCUCUCAAUCUUUUUUCUCUGCACGUCCACUUUCAUCUUCACCUCUAUCAAACACAAACGCCAAAGUUGAGGAAAAGUGGCUUGGAUAUUUUCCACUGAAGAGAAAACCAUUGUAUCCUAGACUAUCAAAUGGUGGUAGAGUAAGGGCAUCCCUGAAUGCAGAUUCAAAAGCAAUUGAAAUUCCCCGUAGAUGGUACAAUCUAAUAGCAGAUCUUCCUGUAAAACCUCCACCACCAUUAAAUCCCAAGACUCUUGAACCAGUAAAACCUGAAGAUUUGUCUCCUCUCUUUCCUGAUGAGUUAAUUAAGCAGGAGACAACCAAUGACAGGUUCAUAGAUAUCCCAGAUGAGGUUAUUGAUGUAUACAAGCUUUGGCGUCCGACCCCUCUUAUCAGAGCGAAGAGGUUGGAGAAACUUCUGGAUACACCUGCCAGAAUCUACUACAAGUACGAAGGUGUCAGCCCUGCUGGAUCACACAAACCAAACACUGCAGUGCCACAAGUAUGGUACAAUGCAAAGGAAGGUGUCAAGAAUGUUGUUACAGAAACUGGUGCUGGUCAAUGGGGCUGCUCAUUGGCCUUUGCUUGCAGCUUAUUUGGUCUUGGCUGUGAGGUGUGGCAAGUUCGUGCUUCAUUUGAUCAAAAGCCAUAUCGAAGAUUAAUGAUGGAAACUUGGGGAGCAAAAGUACAUCCAUCUCCAUCUAGCAUUACUGAAGCAGGUAGAAAAAUCCUUCAGAAGGAUCCAACAAGCCCAGGAAGUCUAGGAAUUGCUAUUUCAGAAGCUGUAGAAGUUGCAGCAAUGAGUCCUGAGACCAAGUACUGCCUGGGAAGUGUUCUCAAUCAUGUUUUGCUCCACCAGACUGUUAUAGGUGAGGAAUGUCUAAAACAAAUGGAGGCCAUAGGUGAAACCCCGGAUCUUAUAAUAGGAUGUACAGGUGGAGGGUCCAAUUUUGCAGGGCUGAGUUUUCCAUUCAUCCGAGAGAAACUCAGUGGGAAGAUAAACCCUGUUAUAAGAGCAGUUGAGCCUUCAGCGUGUCCUUCAUUGACAAAAGGUGUGUAUGCAUAUGAUUAUGGUGACACAGCAGGGAUGACUCCUCUUAUGAAGAUGCAUACGCUUGGCCACGAUUUCAUUCCUGAUCCAAUUCAUGCAGGAGGAUUGCGUUAUCACGGUAUGGCUCCAUUGAUAUCUCAUGUCUAUGAACUUGGUCUUAUGGAAGCAAUUUCGAUUCCACAGACAGAGUGCUUUCAUGGUGCAAUACAAUUUGCAAGGACUGAAGGUUUGAUACCAGCACCAGAACCAACACACGCCAUUGCUGCCACGAUUAGGGAAGCUCUGAAAUGCAAAGAGACUGGAGAAGCAAAGGUUAUCCUAACAGCUAUGUGCGGACAUGGCCAUUUCGACCUGACAUCUUAUGAGAAGUAUUUGCAAGGAAAUAUGGUUGACUUGUCAUUUUCAGAGGAAAAGAUACAAGCAUCACUUGCUAAUAUUCCUCAAGUGGUGGCCUGAUAUCUUUGCAACUGAGUACAAUAUUAGAUUUUUAUUUUUAUUUUGGAUGGAAAAAAGUUUGAAAAAAAAUUUAAGAACAAGGAAGCUGAUGAAUUCGUUUUUUGACAUUAGAAGUAAAGAAUAAAAGCGAGGGAUAUGCUAAGAAAAAGAAGAAAAAAUUGACUACAAUUUGAGAAGUUGUACUUUUUUUUUUUUUUUUUUUUUCUUGGUAAUAACAAUCUGAGAAGUUGUUGGGAAACAAAUGCACAUGGAUUCACAUGACAGAAGUACUGGUGGUCUUUUUAGUUGCUAGUUUGCCUUAAAUUUAAGAAAAAUAGGUGGUUCUUCAUCAAGAUUUGAUAUGUGUUAUUGGUCUCAAGUCAUUACAAUUUCGUAGGGACAAAUUCUGUUUUUUUUUUUUUUUUUUUUUUAAUAUUUUAUUUCCUUACAAACUCUCAAACACUGUAUAAUGUGAAUUGGCUUGAAACUGGGUUAAAGAUUGAUGAGCAUAAACAAUGUUCUAUAUAAUAAUUUCACUACCUUUUAUUUUUCA